AUGGUGGCAAUGGCACGGAGGACGGGAUCAACGGAGCCACACCACACCCAGAGCCACACUAGGCUGGGAUCACAAGCGAUGGAAAUCUGCCAUCCCCAGGGUUUCCGAAUGGAACCUCAUUUUACAGCUCCCACUGGUGUUGAGAAACUUGAGGUGCUUGAAGCUUGGACCGAGAGAGAGAGAGAGAGAGAGGCAAACGAACACCCCCCAGCUCCGCCCGCGGAUCGGAAUCUACCUCGCACGACGCCAAGACGCGUUCGCAAUCUCCAGACGGCGAAGAUAGUGCCUUCAUCCCGAGGCUUCCAUUACUUGGUGGUGAGGCUCUUUUUUCUGGUUACGCCGCUAGAGUUCGUACGAUAUAUUCUAUCGUCGACUAGCUAG